AUGUCUAAAUCUUCUAAUUACACUGAGAAGCAGUUGCAAAGAGCUGUUGACGCGUACAAAAGUAAUUCAAAAUUAAAAAUCACAUCUCUGUCGCGAGAAUUCAAAGUCUCAUAUGCCACCUUAUUCAGAGACUGCACCUCUCACAAUCUCAAUAUAUACAAUGAUGAUGAUGAUGUAUGUGAUCACUUUAUCCCACCACCUGCAGAUCAACUGUCAACUGUCUUCUUGCAAUUAACCUUCUCAGAGACAGUUGCAAAACUACAUCACCAAAUCAAUGCAGCAGCCAAGGCCUUAGAAGAUGUGAAGGAUACCCUUACACCUGGUUUGACAAGGCGGUUGAACAAGAUCUUCAAGGAUAGCAUGGUCCAGGCGGAAUUGAACGCGCAUCAUGAGGGUGAACUUGCAGAUCAUUAUCAAGCAAAUAGACAUUGAGUCGUCAAAUCCUCCCGCAGGCAGGUGCAAGUAGGUGGAGUCCUCACUAUUAAGAAUGCCAAUUGCAAGAUCGCGACCUGUAGAGCAGAUGAGAUGAAAA